AUGUCUGCCUUCAAAUUUGUGCUGUAUCACUGUGAAAAGGCUUUAUAUGCGUUGAAAAUCGACGACGAUUGUUUUGUAAACAUGCCUUUGUUACUGAAUUUCCUGAAAAAUUAUUUAUCUGUUUAUGGAACUGAUAAUUUGUUUCUCUGCAACGACAUGACGGGUUCUCCGGUGAUUAGAGAUGUUCAUUCCCAAUGGUAUGUCUCAGAAAUGGACUUGUCCGAUGAGUUCUAUCCUAGUUACUGUAGUGGAUGGUAUGCUAUUCUUUCACCAGAUGUUAUUUUUCGUCUGUAUGAAUCCACGCAAAAACUAAAGUAUUUAUCGAUUGACGAUGCUUUGAUCUACGGUAUAGCCGCGCAAAAAUGUAACCUAACGCACACAGACUUCAGUAGAUACACACUGGCCUAUAGAAGUUUGGAUCUCCUUUUUAAUGGAACUUAUGACUCGCUGCCUUUGUUGUUUGGGUCUCCAAAUAUGAGCCCUGAGCAAAUUAAGAACUGUUUGCUAUUUUUUCGCUCCAGGCCUGUUGCGGCGUCUCUGAGAGGUGCCCUAGACACCUAA